GGUGCUGUGGCUCUAAAAAUAUAAUGGAGUGUCCAACUGAUCUUCGUCUAAAAGCUUAUCGUCUUAUUGCGUACUCAGCUGUCGGAUUUUCAAUCACCGCUGCUGUUUCACUAUGCUUGGUUCUUCCGCUCAUAUUCUCUUAUGUGCAAAACACGAAGACUCAACUUAAAAAAGAUUCUUUGUACUGCAAGACUUCUGUGCAAGAUAUGUGGGCCGAAAUCAACAAUGAGGUUCACGAAAUCACAGUGAACAGAACUGCAAGACAGGCUGGAUACACUUCGGGAGGAGGAGCCGACGCUGGUGCUGGUGCUUCAAGCGGCGGUCAAUGUGAAGGAUGCUGCAAUCCAGGUCCACCAGGAGUUGCUGGUAACCCUGGAAAGCCUGGAAAACCAGGAAAGCCAGGAGCACCAGGAAACCCGGGUGCACCAGGAAAAGGAGCAGCUGUUCCAUGCGAAGCCAAGACUCCACCGCCAUGCAAGCCAUGCCCAGCAGGACCACCAGGACCACCAGGACCAGACGGACCAGCUGGACCAGCAGGACCAGACGGAGAAGCCGGUUCACCAGCCGCACCAUCCCCACCAGGACCACCAGGACCAUCAGGACCUGCAGGGCCUGCAGGAAACGACGGAGCCGCCGGAACUCCAGGACCAGAUGGGCCAGCUGGAGAGAGCACCUAUCCAGAGCCAGCAGCACCGGGACCAGCCGGACCACCAGGACCUGCUGGACCACCGGGACCAGAUGGAGCCAGUCCAACCGCUGCCCCAGGAGCUGCCGGACCACCAGGACCACCAGGACCAGCUGGAGCUCCAGGACCAGACGGAAACCCAGGAACAGCAGGACCACCAGGAAAAGCUGGAGGCGAAGGAGAAAAGGGAAUCUGCCCCAAGUACUGCGCCAUCGACGGAGGAAUCUUCUUCGAGGACGGAACACGGCGCUAAUUCCUUAUUUUUUAACAUUAAAUAUUUCGCAAUCGACUUUUUGUAUGUCUUGCCAAUAAAUUUAGAACAUUUCAAAUUCCAU